GCCAGACGUGGUGCAUUCAACAUAACAAGGUAUAACCACUUCGUUAAACCUUCAACAGAACCUUGGUUUACUGUUUGUCAUUUCCCUGCGUCUAACACGACAAGGGAUGUUACGAGCAUUCAAGCAAACACUUAAAGUAGCAGCGUAAGUCUGUCUCACCACAACUCACAGAGCUCCGUAACUCAGCAAGUAUGUUUUCAAUUUGGAGAAACCUGAAUGCAACUCGCACUUUUACUUGUACAGCAGCGGACUUCUUCUCUCUACAGCCGCGACAUACGUUGUUUCUCUGCAGCGGCAGGCGGGUUUUAAGCAUAAAUCCAAACAGAGACCUCUCGGGGAAACGCUACAAUGUGCCACCGAGCGCAGAGUUUGUUGCUCGGGUGUCAGGGAUCCCCACCAUGGCCAAAUUACCUUACCAGGAGACAGCGGACGGGCUUGAUGCGGCGUUUGUCGGCGUCCCAAUAGAUACCGGGACCUCGAACCGACCUGGAGCAAGGUUCGGUCCUCGUCACAUCAGAAUGGAGUCUGCCCUGUUGAGGGCUUACAACAGUGGCACCAGGGCAGCGCCUUUCGAGUCCCUUAUGGUGGCCGAUAUUGGGGACGUCAAUGUGAACGUGUAUGACCUGAAGGACACCUGCAAACGCAUCAGGGAGGCCUACAGGAAGAUCCUGGCUACUGGAUGUAUCCCUCUGACGAUGGGUGGCGAUCACACAAUUGCAUAUCCAAUCCUGCAGGCUGUUGCUGAGAAGCAUGGCCCGGUGGGUCUGGUCCAUGUGGAUGCUCAUGCUGACACCAGUGACGUGGUCUUGGGGGAGAAGAUUGGACAUGGGACUCCGUUCAGACGUUGUGUGGAGGAAGGGCUACUGGACUGUAGGAGAGUUGUCCAGAUCGGCCUGCGGGGUUCAGGCUACUCUCCAGAUUCAUAUGAAUGGAGACAGGCUCAAGGUUUCCGUGUGGUCCAAGCAGAAGAGUGUUGGUUCAAAUCUCUUGCACCUCUGAUGGCUGAGGUCAGGGCUCAGAUUGGCAGCGGUCCAGUUUACCUCAGUUUCGACAUCGACGCUCUUGACCCCGGCUUUGCCCCCGGAACAGGCACACCAGAGAUAGCAGGGCUAACUCCCAUCCAGGGAGUUGAGAUUAUCCGGGGCUGUCGUGGUCUGAAUCUUGUCGGAUGCGAUCUAGUGGAGGUGUCUCCACCUUAUGACACCACAGGAAACACUGCUCUGACUGGUGCCAACCUCCUCUUUGAAAUGUUGUGCGUCCUCCCAAAAAUUAAAUAUUACUGAUCAGAAUAGACUUACAGACAACAGGACAGGUUUGUUAACAAUCAGUACAGUUACCUGAAUACAAAGGAAAGUAUGGAGGGCCAAUUCUGCAACAAUUAUAUUAUGAUAUUUUAAUCAGUAAAGCACUUGAUUACAACCAUCAAGGGGAUGAAUGCAGUAUUGAAAACAAACUGAAACAUCUGACAGUACCAGAUGUUAUAUACACUAACUUGUAAAAGAAAUAAAUCAUAAAUCAAUGUAAUAUAUAUUCACCUUAUCUUUCAAGCUACUUUAAAAUACAGGUCCUAUAGAGAUCAUAAUUAUGUACAAUAAUAACAUCUCACAGUGCUAACAAAUUUAUGUUAAUGACAUUUUUACUUUUUACA